UCUGAGGAACACAUCUGUGUUUGCAUGGAACUUAGUACCUUUUCGGGGCUUAGGAUAUAUAAACCCCGCUCAGUCAAGGCCAUCAACAUCAGUUCUCGAACACCACAAGAGCCAUCAUCACCAUGCGCUACCUCCUCACUCUUUCCCUGGUCGUCCUGGCCGUGCUGAUCCUCCACACCAACGAGGGCUCAGCCGCAUCGAGCACCACCACCACCGACGCCACCACUACCACCACCACCACCACCACUGACGCCACCACCACCACCACGGAUGCCACC